AUGGCCGAUUUCAUCACACAUCCACUUCUUUCAUACUCCCAACAUCCCGAUGCGUUAGACCAACCUCAACCAACGCUGUGGAACAUCCGCGAACCAUCGCAAUAUGCACGAUAUCCACUGAAGCAGGAACAUCCACUAUCCGACUUCGAUCUCUCGCAACCAGCUACCAAUCCCUCUCUUAACACACUAUACAUUGUCUGCGAUAUCUUUCCGGGGUACUGGCCCAUCAAGAUACGCCGUACGAAAGGUGUUACUGUUGGCGACGUUCUCGAGGAGAUUCAUACUGCUCUCAUUAGGAGGAUAUCGCACGAUGAAUGGGACAUUCUGUCUGAAAAGCAGCGGACCAGAAUCACUGGUGUAUUCGAAGAUCGAUGUGCCCGAGCACCAAACCCGGACCCACUCGCUAUUUAA